AUGCAUCCCGUUGGUAUUGUUAGCGUCCUCGUCGCUGCAGUCGCAGGUGCCACAAACUACCCUCCAUACCAAGUACCGUCGUUCGACCUGAAUACGAUCACAACGGACGGCCAGCACGCCCUCGUGAGAGCCCUCGAGACUUCCGGUAUCGUGGCCGUCCGGGGCAUUCCCGACUUCGAAGCCACGCGACUGGCGUACCUUCACACUGCGACCGACUGCGCAGCCAGUGCCCACGACUUAGAUCAACUCCUCAAGAAGGAGCUCGUGGAUGGCACCCAACGCCGUACGUUCAGCAUGAACAUGCAAGGUCUGAACGACCAAGUGGCCGAGCGGUGCCCUGCGUUCGCCAUUGCCCACGCUCGUUACGCCUCCACCAUCGACACCGCCACGGCCCAAUUCGCCAAGACCUUGGAUGGUAUCAACAAGGACCUGACGUCCGACUUGCUGGCGCCGAUUGUGCAAGAGGGUUUGCAUCUCGACCACUUUCACGCGUACGCCAAGCCUGCAGUGACCACCACCAACGCCCCCCACCACCGGCUGUCGCUGGAAUUACAUGCGGACGCGGGCCUGAUGAUUGUGUUUGCAAAGUCACACUUCUUCACCGAAACAACCAACGGCAAACUCGAGCAAGCCACCGAAGACAAAGCGGGAGGGCUGGUCAUUGAGCUCGACGGAUCCCUGGUACGCCCCACCUUGAAAGACGACGAGCUGUACUUUAUGGCCGGCGAAGGGCUCCAACACUGGGGCCAAUUUGGCCAUAAAUUCCAUCCUGUCGUUCAUGGCAUGGUCAUGCCGGCCGACGUCCACGGCUCGCCCGAGGUGGUGCGCGCUUUUGCCGGCCGUAUGCUUCUACUGCCUGCACAAACCAUUAUGCGCAACACGGGGGUGACGUUUGGAGAGUACACGAAAGCCACGACUCGUCAUCUCAAAUCGGAAGCGUCGUCGGGCGAGGAAUCCGUCAUGUCGUUGGCGUGCCCCGUGGGUCGCGUGCUACGCGCUAGCGACAGCAGCUGCACGUUGAGUAUUUGGUCGCCCGGCCCUGGCAGCACUGCCACCAAAGAGGAAUGCAUGCGUCAGUGCAAUAUCUGGGGCCACGCGGACGAAGCACAGCUAUGCCUUGACAUGAAAUGUGUCAAGACUGGCUCGGACAUUCCCGGUGGAGGAAAUGGCUGCUGGAUGAUGUGUCUGCCGCAUUUGACGCCUGACCAGUGCCCCAUCCCUGGGAAAGAAACGUGUGACGAAGACAACCGCGUGCUCAACUGCGUCGGGGGAUCUCCACCCACUGCACCCCCCACGAGUACUACAUUGCCUUCCACUGCUCCUCCCGUCACACCUCCUUCCAUCAAACCUUCUUCCCCCGUGACUCCAGUCACAACUUCUUCCCCCAUGACUCCAGUCACAAAUUCUUCCCCCAUGACUCCAGUCACAACUUCUACCCCCAUGACUCCAGUCACACCUUCUACCCCCUUGACUCCAGUUAUCACCCCUCCACCAGUGGCCACGAUAAUCACCCCUACUCCAGGGACCCCAUUGACCCCAACCCCCGGCACCAAUCCAACGACCCACCCGGCGACGCCUACUACUACAAGUACGCCGCUUACACCUUCCCCUCCUGGUAGCAGCCCUGGUACGACUAACAAACCCACUGAAGCUCCGUCGUUGAUCCCGACUCCUGCGCCCACCGACGCCUAUGGCUCGCCUGUCCCCACCACGACCGCACCAUUGCUCCAAGUGGGGGCUCCCAAUGAAACUACUACGGAAGCCCCUUCGACUGUAGCACAAUCCAACACGACAGAUAACUCGACGGACGACGGAACCACCAACACCAUCACGACUGCCAAGCCCAAGACAACCACCGCUACCACUGCCCCUGCCAUAACCGCCCCCCCAUCCUCGGGUGUCACCAACCACGGCUAUCCCAUCCUGUGCAGCGCGCUCGUUAUGCUUGUUGCGGCUGCUUUCGCGUAACUACAGGGAAUGACGUAUUAAGCGCCCCCGUGGUACUUCGAAUUGGCAUUUCAGUUGUGUAUUGGGACAAACUACUUCGAAAUUUCAAUACUUUAAUCAAUACGAAAUUUUAGUACCACGGGGGCGUUUAAUACGUCAUUCCCUGUAUGUUAACUCGUCGCGUUAGUUUUGUGCAACGUUACUUCGAAGUAGAAACUAAGCAGAAUAUCACCA